UAAAUAUAUGCAUUUUUGGUCGAACAUCAACAACCUUUUACACACCCAAACUUAUAAAAAAAAUAAAAAAAAGUGAAACAAUUACCUUCCUAAAAUGACACGUGGCUGCGCGACACUUGUUUGGAUUAAAAGGAAAGAAAGAAACUCCAUCUCCGGCAAUGCUUCCACCUGCUGAUGGCUGCGCCACCGCCAAGUUUUCCAAUUCCGAUUACAUUCUUUCUCUGUUAGCGCCUAUUAACAAAGAUCUGGUACAAAUUCUGCCUUUAAAUUCAUUAGAGCAAAAUAUUAGCUCUUGCUAGUACUGCAAUGCAAGUAUGGCCAAAUCUGUAAGUUUGUGCACAUGUUGAAUAAAAAUUUCUCCUAGCAGUCGACGCAGAAUUACAGAGAGAGAUGGCUGCAUAUGUUGCAUUGACUUCUCUAAUGGGAACAAUAGACCAACUUCAGCUUUUGCAAUCAAACUUAGAUCUAUUGGACACUCAUGUGAAAAGUUUGAAUUUACUCCACGAGAAGGUUGAUUCUCUGCAUGAACUUCUUGACCAUUAUGCUGAUGAACAAACGAAGAAUUUGCACGCAAAAGUCAGACAAAUAGCAAAUGAAGCAGAAGAUGAAGUUGAAUCGCAGAUGAAGGUGGUAAUGGACGAACAACAUGACAGACUCCAUCAAAAGGAAGCCCUCGAGAGUCUUUUUGAGAUCUUACAACGAGGUAUUGAAAAUGUUGAUUCCCUCAAGGAUGAGCUCAUCAAGCACACUCAGAAUAACACUUCGCAAGCUGGAAAUUCCUCACUUAGUGAUUCAAGUUCACCACGAUUGCAUGCUUCGACCCUUGAGAACGAUAUGGUGGGGUACAACAUUGAACAAGAAAAGUUGCUGAGUCAACUCACGAGUGGCUCGCCUGAACUGGAAGUCAUCUCUGUUACUGGUAUGGGCGGCAUUGGUAAGUCUACUUUUGCCAAAAACUUGUUUUCUCAUCCCUCGAUUUUGAGCUUCUUUGACAUCCGUGGAUGGAUUACCGUAUCUGAGAACUACAGUUAUAGAAAUAUGCUUUUAGGCCUCUAA